AUGGUCGGCCAAUCUCCGCAAUCCGACAGCCUCGACGGUAUCGUGGACACCGAAAAAGAGAUCCCAGACGACAAUGAGGAUAAGAAUACAUGCGACACAGCGCGGUUGACAAGGGACGGAGCGAGGCGAAUGGCCAAAAACGAAGCACUUCCUGAGUUCGUCAAAUUGGGCGACGCGAAAGCCGAUGAGGAGAUGAUUAGACUGGGCGUAAGGACCACUGCAAAGGCCCCAGCCGAAGACUCAGCUGGAAUGUACGCGGCUCAGCAAGAAAACCCAGAGAUCAGCAAGGCCAUAUGUGAAAGUGGUAACAUCUCCAUCGAUGACACAAACGACGUUGGGCAAACAGCACUCAUGCUCGCCGCAAUGAAUGAUCACCUCGAGGUGGUCAAGACUCUCCUCCGAGAUUCGCCCUCUCUUGAACUUAAAGAUCAAACAGAGGGAAGAACUGCGUUCUUCUAUGCCCUGGCUCACGCCCAUGGCGAUGGCGAUGGUGAUGAGCUCGUUGAUUCGCGCUGGGCCAUAGCAACCGCCGUGCUCAAGGCCGGUGCCGACAUUGAGGCUGAGUACAAGGCAGACCUCACACCUCUGGCCUGGUUCUGCAGAUCAGGAAAUUUUCCAGCUGUGCGAUGGCUCGUCCAGAACGGUGCAAGAGGAGACACGGAGGGCGCCUGUUGCAUCAUCCAGCACCUCGCCGACCGAGGCGCGGGCAUGGAGUUACACAACAGCAAGAAUGGUCACACAGCAUUGUUCGAGGCAGUUGUCUCGGCCUGUAUGCCUCAACUCAAGCUUCUCAUCGCCUGCGGGUCCCAUGUCAAUACCUUCUCGAGACUCAGACAGUUGCCCUUCACGAUAGCAGCAAUAUGCGGAUACGACGAAGUGGUCGAGAUAUUGCUCCAACACGGCCCUUCUGUGCAUGUACGCGACUAUCUCAAUCGCGCGCCAAGCAACCAUGCGAGCGAGUUUAGACGCCUCCUCUGCGUCGAGUUCCUCAUCGAACAUAGCUCUCCCCUCUCGGUCCAAAAUGAGCAUCUCUAG